AUGUACUUCGGCUUGCAGGUGGGAGCGCUCAACACCAUGUCCACGUCGACCGCCCUACUUGCUUUCGCUAUCUUCCGGAGCACGUCGCGAUGGCUGCCCUUCGACUUCACCCCAACAGAAAACGUCAUCGUGCAAACCAUCGCCUCGUCCAUCGCCGGCAUGCCCGUGGCCGCAAGCCUAACAAGCGCCAUUCCCGCGUUCGAGUUCCUCCGAAAGCCUGAUGAGGGCGGGCCGCGGCACUUUGCCAUCGCGGAAUUGAUGGUUUGGUCUCUGGGGGUGUCGCUCUUCGGAACCGUCUUGGCACGCCCUUCCAGGGCGGAUGCCGACAAACGGGGCUUUAAUUUGGUAGAUGCGGACGCGGAUACGAUCGGUGACGGUGAUGAGGAUGCGGACGUGGAGGCGGAACAUGCUUUGGACAAUGCCGAUGAGGUCGUGGAUGACAAUGGCGCUCAACUGUACCGGGAAUAUGACUGGGCAUCGAAGGUCAAGAUAAUUGUCUAUGCGUUCUCUGGCGCCGCCGUCUACGUCUUUGCUUCAUUCUUCUUCCCAAUACUCUCCAAACUCCCCAUCUUUGGGAUCGCUGCAUCCGAGGAGUGGCUGUGGUUCCUCACCCUAUCCCCGGCACUCACGGCGUUCGGCAUGAUCCUGGACCUCCCGGUAGCUUUCUCCAUGCUCUUCGGCGCCGUACUCGGUUGGGGCAUUUUGUCACCUCUGGCCAAAGGCAACAUUUGGACUCCUGGCGGUGUUGGCGACAUGGAGACAGGCGCUCGUGGAUGGCUGCUCUGGAUUAGCGUCAGCUUCCUUCUGGGUGACGCAGUUGUCCGCCACGACAACGGCGGAUCGACGAAACCAUCAGAUUCAGACACCGCGGGCCAACUAAUUUCCAGCCAAGCAAUUUUUGUUUCUAUGGUUAUCUCAACUUCUCUGUGCUUGGUCUGCACUCUAGGAGUGUUCGGGAAAGAAAUCUCCUUCCAGCUUGUGAUUCUCGCUGUUGCCAUCGCAUUUCCUCUCUGCGUCAUCAUCAUGCAAUCCGUUGGCGAGACCGACACCGCUCCAACCAUGAGCCUGAGCAACGUAUGUCAAUUCCUCUUCGUGCUCCUACUCUACCAAGGCCCACGUAAUAGUCUCAUGACAAUGGCUGCCGGCGCCGUCACCGAGGCAGGACUAUGGCAGUCCGCGGUUCUCAUGACGGAUCUCAAGACUGCAUAUUUGGUCCAGGCAUCGCCGAAAGUCAUGUUCCGUGCCCAGUUGCUGGGAUCCGUCAUCGGGGCAUUCAUCGGAAGCGGCAUCUACCGUCUCUUUACCGCCGUCUACACCAUCCCUAGCCCCAACUUCUCCGCGCCGCUUGCUUAUAUGUGGUCGAAUACUGCCCGGCUAGCAGACGGAGGAAGUCUUCCCAAGGAGGUAUGGCCGUUCAUGCUGUUGGCGUUCACUGCAUCUGCUUGUCUACGAAUCCUAGGCCUCGUCGCCGGAACAAGGCGGUGGAGCAUCUGGGUUCCCAGCGGGGUCUCCAUUUCCAUAGGCAUGUAUGUCACCCCUUCCAUCACCCUUGCAAGACUCGCAGGCGCCGCUAUCCGCAUAUUCGGCAUUCACUAUUGGGGGCUUUCUGAAGUGUCCCUGAUGUCUGCCGCGGCAGGUUGUAUUCUGGGUGAGAGCAUGCUGGGAUUUGUUCCUCAGAUCAUAGGAGCUCUUUGA